AAGCAAUCCUUACUAGUAUGCUAGUAGUGUAAGUCAUCAACUUUUCCGUGACUGUGCCAUCUCUCUCUAGUGUAAGCUUCCAAUGAUGUUAAAUGCCAAGACGUGAAGUUAAUCUGAUUAGCGAUUGCAAUAUAUAGUCUUCCCAUAAAGUGCACGCAUGAUAUAUUGCAGGCAUAUUGUUAUUUUGUGUAGAAAGUGUUGUUUUUAAUUUGUUUUGACUGUUUAUCGAUAUCGUUGUUCAGGACUUAAAGCCAGUAAAUUAUACACUCCAGUGACACGUUUAUAAUUAGAUCUAAGUUGUUAUUAGUUGCCCCAGCGUGCGCCGUCCAGAGUUGCUAGCAGACACUUGUGAAACUGUACCUUUUAGUGCAACCACCUGAUUUAUGUUACUGUGAAUGUUUUAUCAGUUUUGAAUAAAUUUUUUCUUUAAAAACAUGGACUUGUGAAAUGACUUUUUCUCGACAUCCAUUCUGGGAGCAAGAUACAUAUGUAUGAUGCUGAUACCUGUAUUUCCGUAAGAACGUUAUUGUAAAAGAAAUAACUUACUUUGCCAAAGAUCCUUUUGCUUGAAUUUCAACUAUGACUAUAUUCGUCGGCCGAUUGAUUUGAUAUACAUGUAGGAUCAUAUAGACGGGUCCUUUGGUGAAAAAUAGCGGAGGGUAUUUCAAACUUCAGUCAGACUACUAGUAUCAAACUGUCACCAAUGAUGAUACAACAGAAAACACAAAGAACAUCAAAUAAAUGUGCAAUAUAACGUUGCGGCAAAAGGUGACCACGUGACAAAGAGACUACUUUGCAAAAGGCACCUCUAAGAUUGACACCGGAUGUGAGCUUUAGUGUCAUUGAACUUAUAGACACUGCAAAAAAAUGAUAACCGCCGUUUCCGUAUUGGCAGCCGUUUGUGAAAAUUUACAUACGCCUCCUUCUCAGAAUGCGGAAAGAAAUCUGGCAAGCCACGUGUUUAAAUGGAUAUAAAGCUAGGAAAGGUCCUGAAGAGAUUUACUUUAGAUUUUGCUCUUGACAUGGCGUCUCUUCUCGUCCGCGCUAUCCUGACCAUCGCCGUGGUGGGAUUGUUGUUCGCGCAGGACGCCGCCUUUUGGCUCAGGCGAGGUUCUCGUCGCCCCCGUCCCCGUCCCCAGCCCCGCUGCCCGGACCCCACCGCCGUCCUGCCGGGCGCACAGACCACCUGGGACGACACCUUCACGUUCCUGUGCCCGGAUUUCCAGGUCAUCAGACGUAUCCGGAGCGCUUACUGCAACACGGCUAGAGACAGGGUGUGGCGGUUCGACUGCGAGUCCAUCCCCGGCGUGUCCGUGUUCCAUGAGCUGUUCUGGUCCGGCUGGGUGAAUAACUAUGGUGGCAUCAUGAACUACCAGUGUCCGUUUAACGCCAUCAUCACGGGGUUUAAGAGCCAGCACAACGAUGGCAGGGAGGACCGCAGGUGGAAUGUCCGGUGCUCCAAGGUCUACGAUAUGGUCACGUUUAACAACGUCCUGUCCAACGUCACCAACGAACUUGGCCUGCCGGGCGACUACAACGUUUCUGAUGGCUUCUACCUGAGGGGCAUGCACAGUUACCAUGACAACGACUACGGGUAAAUAAACAAAUUUCAUCACGUGCACGUUACAU